AUGAAGUUCACCAUCCUUUUCGCCCUGGCAGCUCUGCUGACCAUUGCCGUUGCCCAAGGCCUGGGUGAUCUCCCCGACUGCUCGAAAUCCUGUGCUACGGGUUCAAUCCCCCAGAACUGCGGUAUUGAUUUUACGUGCGUCUGCAAGUCCAAGUCCUUCCUAGCCGAUGUCGCCUGCUGCAUCGCUGAUAAAUGCUCCAAGGCGGAUCAGGAUACAACCAUCAAGGUUGCCAAGUCAAUCUGUGCCCGGGGUGGUGUGACCGAUCUGCCCGCCGAUGUGGUCUGCUCGAGCAGCAAGUUGAGCUCCAGCUCUAGCGCCAACUCGACCGAGACUGGAACCAACUCCAGUGCCGAGACAUCGGGUGCGACUAAGACUUCGGAUUCGACUUCUGUGACAGGCACCAAGGCUUCUACCACGGCCUCGAAGAGUGUUUCGAGCAGUGCCUCGUCUGCCUCUGCUGCAGCCACCAGCACUGGCGUCGCUGCGGUUUCCCACAAGGAUUCUUCCCUUGUGGCCGCUGCUGGUGCUGCGGCGGCGUUCGCCAUUCUGAUCUAG